AGCUGCAUAGAAAUAUAUAUGUAUGUAUAGUAUAACAAAUUUAACCUACAAGAACCACAUAUAACCUUUUUUUCUAUGGAGGAACUUCAGCGAAAGUUAAGCCAAAGACAUGAGGAAAGACCAAGGAAAGUGAGAUUCAAAAUAUCAUCUGCGUACAGCGGUCGAGUUCUAAAACAGGUCUUUGAAGACGGGCAUGAACUUGAGUUACCAGAAGAGGAAUAUCCCCAUAGUUUCUUACAUGACAAUUUUGAGGCCAGAACAUCGGAACAUUGCUACAGCCAAGGAGAAGUCCAUCAUCCAUUCUAUCCAACCACUCAUCUGACAGCACACAGAAUAAGUGUGUUUAGAGAUGGUACCUCCUAUAGACUGGCUAGUGAUCCACUGUUCACUGACUGCCACGGGAUUGACAAGAACAGCUCCAGCAUUAUCGAUUUUAACAAAAUUAUAAUCUACACCAGUAAUUUAAAGAUUAUAAGAACCCCGAUAAACAAAACAGAUAUUUCUGAAAACUCCAAAUACCCCCACAUUGAAGGAAAGAGAACCAUAAGAGAAAGAGAAUCAUGUUUAACAACGGAUGAUGAAUGCACUAUUUCUUCAGCCUAUAUGCAGAAUGCAAAGGAUGGUGCAAUCCAUCAGUGUCCACAGUGCAAAGGAUCAGGAAGUGCUCCAUGUACUCUGUGUCACGGAAGCAAAUUUUCCAUGUUGGCUAACCGAUUCAAAGAGUCUUACCGUUCCUUGCGGUGUCCAGCUUGUGAUGAAAAAGGCCUGCAGCCUUGCCAGACCUGUACCCAUUAACAAGAGGUUGUCCAUUGUCUACCAGACUACCAAAGAGGCCCCAUUCUGUGCUGUGAUUCAUAUCUUGGUGUUAAUAAAUAAUUAAACAAAUUAACAUUGA